AUGAAUUACUACACCACUGUAUUGACGCUGUUGUUAUUAGCAGAAAUGGUCAUGGGAACAUGUUACACAAAACUAGAGUGUUCACAUCUUGGUGAUCUGCUAGAAAUGGCUAUGAAAAAUAAAAGUCCUGAUAAAGUCUGUCAGUGUCCAAGAAGAACCAAAAUCCCAGCCUUAACAGCAAUACUGACUAAACCACAAAGGCCUGGCAAAAAUGGUGUAAUCAAGUUUGACAAAGUCGUCACCAAUAUGUAUAAUGGGUACAAUCCAACAACUGGUAUUUUCACUGCACCUCUUGCUGGAGUUUAUCAUUUUUCUUAUACAGUCAUGUCUAUGGAUGGAAGGUACCUGGUUGUAUUUCUUACUCUUAAUAAUAUAAAGCAACACAGUACAUGGCUGUUAGGUUCUAGACAUGAGACUGGAACAACCAGUAUUAUAUUAAAUCUGAAGAAAGGAGACCAAAUAGCAGUUAAGUCAGCAGAUGAUAGUUUUUCUAUUAACAGUAAUAGUAACAUGUAUAGCUCAUUUUCUGGCUAUCUUAUAGCAUAA